AUGGUCAAGGGAAGCAAAUUGCUGGCCGCGCUGGAUCGCGAAAAGGGCGUCGACCACAAGCUCGAACGCCAAAAGAAACAGCAAAAAGCCGCCGAGAAGAGAAAGAGAUCGAGAGUCGAGGACCAGGAAGACGAGGCUGUCCUCGAGGAUGUGAUAAAGGAGGCUGAGGAGGCUGUGGUUGGUGCUGCUGGUGAAAAGAAGGGAAAGAAGGAUAAGAAGGGUGCAAAGCGCGCAAAGGUCGAGCAAGAGGACGAGGAGGUAGAGGAGGAGUGGGAGACGGAUGAUGAGGACAAGACACAUGCUAAAAACAUUGCAAGACUGGUCGAGGACGAUUCUGAAGACGAGUCUGAUUCCGAGGACGACAUUAAUGGAGGUGCCGAGAUGGACGACGACGAGGAUGAUGACGACGAGGAAGAUGAGGAUAUCGCGCUCUCAGAUCUGGAAUCCGUGGCUUCGGAGGACAAGGGCGACAUUAUCCCACACCAGCGCCUCACUAUCAACAACACAGCCGCCCUCUUACGCGCCGUAAAGUCUUUUGCUCUCUCCUCCAAGCUCCCCUUCUCCGAGAACCAAGUCAUCGUCAGCGACGCCCCCACCGACAUCCCCGACAUUGACGACGAUCUCAACCGCGAACUCGCCUUCUACAAGCAAUCUCUGGACGCCGUUACCACAGCCCGCAGUCUGCUCAAGAAGGAAGGUGUACCAUUCUCCCGUCCUGCAGACUACUUUGCCGAGAUGGUCAAGAGCGACGAGCAUAUGGGCAAGAUCAAGAGCAAGUUGAUCGAUGAGGCAGCGAGCAAAAAGGCUUCUGCCGAAGCACGAAGACAAAGAGAUCUCAAGAAGUUUGGAAAACAAGUCCAAGUCGCUAAACUGCAGGAGAGAAGUCGCGAGAAGAAGGACACCAUGGACAAGAUCCAGCUUCUCAAGAGAAAGAGAAAGGGAGAAGACAUUGGCAACGCAAACGAAGACGACAUGUUCGACGUCGCCCUCGAAGACGCCGCCGAGACGGAAAAGAAAGACAAGGCCGCCCGCAAGGCCGGUGGUGCCGAUUCCCGCGGCGGCAAGAGUGGCUUCAAGCGUGUCAAGCGCGACGAAAAGUACGGCUUCGGAGGCAAAAAGCGCUUCUCCAAGAGCAACGACGCAAAGUCAUCGAGUGACAUGUCUGGUUACUCGUCAAAGAAGAUGAAGGGUGGAAAGAAGGCUCAAAGACCUGGCAAGAGCAGGCGUUCAAACAAGCCUUGA